AUGACCCAUUCUUGCUGCUCUCCUUGCUGUCGCCCUACCUGCUGCAGGACCACCUGCUUUAGGACCACCUGCUGCAGAACCACCUGCUGCCAACCUACUUGUGUGACCACCUGCUGUCAGCCUACCUUCUGUGGGUCCAGGAGCUGUGGACAAACCUGCAGUGGGUCCAGCUGCUGCCAGCCUUGCUGCCAGCCAGCUUGCUGUGCAUACGUGUACUGCCACAGAACCUGCUACCACCCCACAUGCUACUGCCUGCCUGGGGGGCAUGCCCAGAGCUGUGGAUCCAGCUGCUGCCAGCCUUGCUGCCACCCUGUCUACUGUCAGACCACCUGCUAUAGGACCACUUGCUGCCACCCCAGCUGUGUGUCCAGCUGCUGCCCUUCCUCUUGCUGA